GUUACCUGUGGGAACAUCUUGGUGGGUGCUACAGGCCUUAUUCCAGGCCCUAUGGCCUGUGGGACCUCACCAGUCGGGGGAAGGCUGGUCAGGAGAGUGUCAUCACCUGUAGCACCAGUCCCAUGGAUGAGGUGGAGUGGAUGCACAGAAACCCAAAGGCUGAGGACCUCAGGAUUGGGCUCAUCAGCUGGGCAGGAACCUACCUCACCUUCGAAUCAUAUAAGAACACAGUCACAGCUAAUGCAAAGAGUUUGGGCAGGAGACAGAUCUGGGAUCUCCUGGUGAGCAAUGAGCAUGAGACAGAGGCUGUGGUAAGACUAAAGAGCUUGAAAGGCCUCUACCUUCUAUGUGAAGGGGAUGGUUCUGUGUGCCAUGGCCAGCCACGGACCAGCCACCACGGAUGCUUCCUACUCCGAUUCCACCGGAAUGGCAAGUGGACCCUCCAGUGCAUAAUUUCUGGUCGUUAUCUAGAGUCUGAUGGCUCAGACGUGUUCUGCAACUCCCGGGUCCUCUCAGCUUACCACAUGUGGACCCCCCGGCCAGCCCUGCAUGUACACGUGACUCUCUAUAGCCCCAUCUACCGCACCUAUGCCCGGGCUGACCAUACUGUGGGCCGCAUCUGGGUGGACACAGCAAUCCCUUGCAUGGAGGAAUGUGGCUUCCUGUUGCAUUUUGAAGAUGGAUGCUAUCACCUGGAGACCUCUACACACCACUUCUUGUCCCAUGUAGACCGAUUUGUCUCCCAACUCUCAUCACAGACAGCUUUUCACAUGCAAGUGAGGCCUGGAGGGCUUGUGGCACUGUGUGAUGGAGAAGGAGGCACCUUAUAUCCACAGGGCUCACACCUGCUCCUGGGCCUGGGCUCCAGUCCCAUGAAGGGUGCAGAGUGGUUCAUACUACAACAUUUCCCUACCUGGGUCAGCCUCAGGUCAAAGGCUCGGAAGUUCAUCUCAGUCCUCUAUGGUGCUCAGGUGUGCGCUACCUCUUCACGCUUGACACCAAUGUCCUUGUUCCAGUUUGAGUAUGACAGCAAGAGCCCCACUUUGCAGCUUCGUUCCACCAAUGGCUGCUACCUAGUCCAGAGGCCCCAUAGAACAGUGAUGGCUGAUGGGCACCCAAUGGAGUCUGAUACCUUCUUCCGUGUGCACUGGAAUUGUGGGAAGAUCAUCCUGCAAUCCUCCAAUGGGCGCUUUCUGAGCAUUGCACCCAAUGGUCUGCUGAUAGCCAAUGCCACCCUCCCAGGCCCAAAUGAGGAACUGGCAAUUCGAUUUGCCAACCGCCCCUUCCUUGUAUUGCGAGGUCGGUAUGGGUAUGUGGGCUCCACAUCAGAACGUGACCUCAUCCAGUGCAAUAUGGAUCAGCCGGACUGCAUUCAGCUCCUUCCCUGCCACCAGGGCAUUUACCACUUUCAGGCACAGGGUGGAUCAUUCUGGUCAAUAACAUCCUUUGGCACCUUCCGCCCUUGGGGAAAGUUUGCCCUCAACUUCUGCAUAGAACUUCAGGGGAGCAACUUGCUCACUGUGCUGGCACCCAAUGGUUUCUACAUUCGAGCUGACAGAAGUGGCACCCUACUGGCAGACAGUGAAGACGUUACCAAAGAGUGUAUCUGGGAAUUUUAGAUCAAUGGGAUACCACCUGCCAAACUCCAAAUCCUCCAGAAGAAACAGCUGCACAAAACAGCGCAGAACCCCCAGAGUCAAGAUCCAAGAGAAGAAUAUGUCACACAACUUUUCCUACCCAGUUUAGCCAAACACCUGUUUCAAGCAACAAUACGUCACAACAGGCCACCCCCAAGAUGCUUGUGUGCAUUUGACUGAGCAGAGAAUACGGAGUCUGCCUGAGGGUGGGCUCUGCAUUCCCGGGCAGCUGUGAUUUCUGUCCAGGAGAAGGGAGACCGAGGGUAACCAGUUCUCCCACUUGUGCUCCCCAUCUCUACCUAGAAUCACUAAAGCUUUCAAGUGACUACAUGAUUCCAUCCCUGCCACGAAGGAUUCAGAAUCCAUGUAUAACCUAAACAUUCUUCUGGGUUAGAACAAAUGAAGGAGUUUUAAUCAUAGGGGCAAAGGAUGAUGGGAAUAGUACCUUAUUCCUGUAUAGCCCACUCUCACCUCCCUCCACUACAGUUUAUCGAACUUCCUUGUCCUUUCAUUUUUACCUUUGAUCCAGAAAAAUAGGUAGGACAUUACUUCUUCCACUAUUUUUCACCCUGUACAAGGAGCCAAAAUUAUUCCUUCACCCAAGGUCCCAUAUAAGCACAGCAUAGCUAGGCCUGUAACUUAGAUAUUCUGACUUUGAUGUCCAUCAUUCUUUCCAUCAAAAAUAGGGUUUCCAAUAAUUGUAUGUCUUUCUGGCACUGUCUGUAUGAUUUUGACCUUAUCUGUUCUAUUAAUUUUUUUAUUGACCUAGACUCUUAAAGACAUUUAUUUUGGAAAGAAUAUUGUAUGAAUGUCAGGGGCAAGGCAAUUUGUAAUAGCUAAAACUUGGAAACAGCCCAAUUGCCCAUCAACUGGAGACUGGAUAAAG